UUAAGGCGAGUGAUGAGUGAGGACUAGCCAACGGCUAACUCGCGAAUGUAUUGUUUCACUCCAGCCGUUCAAGGGACCCCAAUCUUCCCGCGAAACUCAAAACCGAAAUCUAACAAUUCGACGAACAGAAAGGAAGUAAUCUUUCUUCUGCAAAAGUGCAAACACAUUAGCCACGUUCAAUCAACACACGCCAAGAUCAUAAGAAAUGGCCAAGAACAAGACCCUUUUAUAGUCUUCGAGCUCCUUCGCCUUUGCUCCAAUCUCAACUCCAUUGACUACGCUUCCAAGAUUUUCCAACGCAUUCAAACCCCAAACGUCUUCCUCUACACUGCUCUCAUUGAUGGGUUUGUGCUGCAUGGUUCUUACUUCGAUGCGAUUCUCCUGUAUUGUCGUAUGAUCGAUGAUUCGAUCGUCCCCGAUAACUACGCUGUCGUUUCCGCUCUGAAAGCUUGUGGGUUUCAGUUGGCUCUGAAAUUAGGGAGGGAGAUCCAUGGGCAGGUCAUGAAACUUGGGUUGUGUUCGAAUAGAUCGGUGAAGAUGAAGCUCAUGGAGCUUUACGGGAAGUGUGGGGAAUUGGAAGAUGCACGACGGGUGUUCGACGAAAUGCCUGAACGGGAUUUUGUUGCGUCAACGGUUAUGAUGACAUCUUAUUUGCACCACGGGUUUGUCAGGGAGGCGAGUGCUGUUUUCAAACAGGUUCGGAGAAAGGACACGGUUUGUUGGACGGCGAUGAUCGAUGGGUUGGUCAAGAACGGGGAAAUGAAUUGGGCUCUGGAGGUUUUCAGGGAGAUGCAGAUGGAGAAUGUGAAGCCUAAUGAAGCUACCAUUGUUUGCGUUUUGUCUGCUUGUUCGCAUUUGGGAGCUUUGGAACUUGGACGGUGGGUUCAUUCAUACAUGGGAAAGUAUGAAAUCAAGCUCAAUCAUAUCGUGGGUGGCGCAUUGAUCAACAUGUAUGCGAGAUGUGGUGACAUCGAUAAGGUGAAGAAAGUGUUUGAUGAAAUGAACGAGAGGGAUAUCAGUACAUAUAACUCUAUUAUUGCAGGGCUUGGUAUGCAUGGGAAGAGCAUUGAAGCCAUUGAGAUGUUCAGGGCAAUGCUAAACAAUGGUUUCAGACCGAAUAGCAUUACUUUUGUUGGGGUUUUGAAUGCUUGUAGUCAUAGAGGAUUGGUGGAGUUGGGUUUUGAGAUGUUCCAUUCCAUGGUUAAGGAUUACAAGAUUGAACCGCGAGUGGAGCACUAUGGAUGCAUGGUUGAUCUUUUGGGUCGAGUGGGUCGGCUCAAAGAGGCAUUUUCUUUCAUCUCAAGAAUGAAAACAACUCCGGACCAUAUCAUGUUGGGUGCUUUGCUAAGUGCUUGUAAAAUCCACGGGAACCUUGAGCUAGGAGAGAAAAUCGCAAAGACAUUGUUGGGUUGUGAUAAAGCGGAUUCGGGAACCUACGUUCUAUUAUCAAAUGUCUAUGCUUCGUCAGGGAGAUGGAAAGAGGCUGCAAAAGUGAGAGCAGAGAUGAAGAAGGGUGGAAUCCAAAAGGAACCAGGUUGUAGUUUGAUUGAAGUGAAUAAUGAGAUUCAUGAGUUCCUUUUGGGAGACAUCAGACACCCUCAGAAGGAAGAAAUCUACAAGAAGUUAAAGGAGCUAGAGAAAAGGUUAAGAUUAACGGAAGGAUAUUCGCCAAAAACAGAUGUGUCAUUGCAUGAUAUCGAAGAUCGGCAAAAGCAAUGGGCUCUGUCGAUACAUAGCGAGAGGCUUGCAAUAUGCUAUGGCCUAAUCUCUACUCAACCGCACACCACUCUGAGGGUUGUGAAAAACUUGAGAGUCUGCAAUGAUUGCCACUCGAUGAUCAAGCUAAUCGCUAAGGUUUCAAGGAGGAAAAUCGUGGUCAGGGAUCGAAAUAGGUUCCACCAUUUUGAGAACGGGAUUUGUUCUUGUGGGGAUUAUUGGUGAAAAAGAGAACAUGUUGUACCAUUUUUAUUUAUGUUUAGUCGAUAUUAAUUCUUAAGUUUUACUUUUAGUAGGAAAAGUUAAGUUGGCAGUGAUGUUAAUAGCAUAGAGCAGCUGGAAAACUACUAUGUCAAAAAAUGGUGAAAUAGGUGUUUAGAAUUUGCGUACAACAAAAGAUGGUUAUUUAGAAUCAAGAUGCUCAAAUUAUCUUGAUAAAGUUGCUUGUAGUGAUAUAUGGGAAGAGUUAUUGUAGAGAAACAGAGUAGUAUGUCUCGAUCAGCUUGGUCUUCAAGUAUACGGUGUAUUUGCCUUCUAUUGAAGCCUUAAUUUGGUACAAUGAUGGGAAAAAAAAAAUUAAAAGAGAGAGAGAGAG